CGCAGAUCAGCAACCCACCUCACCGCCCUCUUCGCGUGUACCGCACUCAUGGCUUACUGGCUCUCCCUUGGCCUCACGCCCCGCCCAUCCGUCCUCCCCACCCUCGCCCCUCCCGAGGACGCCCCUCGCUACUUUAUCGCCGCAAACCUAUACAACAACGAGCGCCUCAUUCCUCGUUGGACCCGUGAGGUUCUUCGCACUGCAAAGCAUUUGGGGCCCGAGCGUACCUUCGUCUCAAUCUACGAGUCAAACUCGGUCGAUGCCACUCCACAGUUGCUGGCCGAGUUUGGCGACCAACUCACCGCCGCCGGCGUGGCGCAUCGCAUCGUUUCCGAAGUGACUGAGCGUUGGUGGCCAUACAGCACUAGUCCCGAGCGCAUCAGUCUACUUGCGACGGCACGGAACCGUGCGCUGGAGCCUCUUCAAAGCCCAGACGAGAACAUCCGCCUCCCUGAUUACGACUCGUACACCAAAGUCUUGUUCCUCAAUGACGUAGUGUUCACUUGGGACGCGGCCAUCCGCCUCCUCGGAACGAGCCUCGAUGGCGAGGAAGGCGAGGAUGCGUACGACCUUGCUUGCGGCAUGGACUUCGCCAUCUCAGGCUUGUACGACACGUGGGUGGCGCGCGACAUUUGUGGAGUGCCACUCCGUAUCUUCUGGCCGUACGUCAAGGACGAGCCGUCUAUUGAGCGUAUUCGCAACAACCGUCCCUUUGAAGUCUCGGCGUGCUGGAACGGCAUUGUUGCGUUCCCUGCGCGGCCUUACCUUUACCAGCCGACAGCCGAAGAGCCGACCUACCCCAACAGCCGCAUGUCGCCAGCGCUCACAUUACCACUCAAGUUCCGCGAGUCGGGGAUUGAUGCUUGCGACCACUCCGAGUGCUUCUUGUUCUCGUACGAUUUGCACCGCCUGUAUCCCUCGCGUGAAAGGCCACCUCGCAUCAUCAUGAACCCGGACGUCCGUGUUGCGUAC